GUGAAACUAUUUAUUUCGAAAAACACUUUGCGCACCGUCACCGAGCCUCCGUCUCCCACUGUCGAAGAACCUCGACCUAAACUUCCGACUCCGCCACCUGCGAAGCAACCAUCGCCCCGCCGGCGUAACUGGAGGUCCCAUUGCCGAAGUCCAAUCGUCUAGCCUAAAAUUUGAUGGCUGUGAAUCCUUCUCUUAAAUUUGGAUUUCAAGGAAACACAGAGCCAAACCCUUGCGGUUUGGAGUCAGCAGCACCAGCUACGCUUUUAAUCAAACACCUUCCAGACGCUAUUCCUCAUGACACUCUUUCUCGACUUUUGUCCCAUUACGGCGCUUCCUCUGUUCGUCCUUGCUCUACUGGAAGGUUGAGAAAUUGUGCUUUUGUGGAUUUCAAAAAUGAUAUGCUAGCAUUUCAAGCACAGCGUCAACUAAACGGGUUAAAAUUUCUUGGUAAAGUGUUGUCAGCAGAGAGAGCUAGUAAGCCAAAUGAGAAUGCGGGAAAAAGCAGUGGAACUCAGCUUCGAAAAGACUCUAAAACAUCAGCAUUGAAGAGUGAAAAUGUAACCAAACCUAUUGACGGAGAUACAAAAUCAGGAGGCCUACCUAUCCCCGAGCCAAUUGCCCAUACACUUGGUGUUGAUUAUCCAUUUCCUCCACAUCUUGAGUAUGCUUAUCCUCCACCGGUUGGAAAUAUACUUACCAACGUCGUGAAUGCUCUAAUUGUUGUUCCUCGUUUUUACACUCAGGUUCUACACUUGAUGAACAAAAUGAACAUUCCAGCUCCAUUUCGCAUGGAAUUACCUACACCACCAUUACCUCCAGAGGUGCCAGCCCCACCUCCACCUGUGCCUCCUCAUUCUGUAACUGCAAAGCAAAGCCUCAGUCUGCAGAUAUGUCUAGUGAUGAAUCAGAAAUGGAAUCUUCAGAUGAGGAUGAAGCAAGAACUGAAAAUUAUGGACGGAAGCGUGCCAGGCGUGGCGCCAUUGUUGGCCCUGCUAUUGAUAAAGAUGUGGCUCAUGAGGCUGUUGGACUAAAACCUGCCAGCUUGAUCCCAAAAGAAAUCCCGAUGAUUAAAAAGAACCCCGUCUUAAAGGUAGGAAAGAUGAAGGGUCAAGCUUUUUUAACAUUCCCCUCCAUAGAACUAGCUCAUCGUGCUCUGAAUGUAGUGAAUGGAUAUGUAUUCAAAGGCAAGCCAAUGAUCAUUCAAUUUGGCCGGAAGGGAACUUAAUAUAUGGGAAUAGAAGGGAUGUUUUCCACAUUGUGUUUAAAAACCAUGUGAUUCUCCGUUGCUCAUUUCUUGAUGACAUACACAACUCCAGAUUGCUAAUGAUGCAUUCCCCCGUUGAAUGACUGAAAGAGGACUCUGCGAUAUUCUUAGACUGCAGACACCAAUGCUCAUGUGCAUUCUCCUUGGGUGUUUAUUGAGAUGUUCAGGUGAUUGCAUAGGAGUCUAAGAUUCAGAAUCAGAUUGUUAGCAGGAGGAGUUGGAAACCAAGCUAAUCAAAGCUGACAAAGCUUAUUUAUUACUCCAAAGGAAGUAUUGCUAUUGCUGUGCAGUACAGAAAAAAGUUGUAUUUUAAAAUUAUCUUUAUCAUACAAACAUGAUCCUCUUUGUUAAAUUAAUUGUACAGAAAAAAUAUGGUGGCACUUAGUUCAUUUUCUGCUGUAGUACUAAACAUUAUAGGGAACUUGUCUGUCUGUCCAUUGGACCUAUGUUAUU